AUGGGAAACUCUAGUGAGAAGAAAUCUUGUUUAAAUAGUGUAGUGCAAUGGUGUUUUUGUGUGUUUACUUUGAUAAUCUGUGGGUACAGUUUAGUAAGGCAGCAGAGUCUGGAGCAGCGGCUCAAACGACUAGAAGAAUGGCAUCUACAAACAGAAGAUUCGUCAUUUAUAUUUCAUCAGCCGAAAGAAGAGAUAUUGAAGCGAGAUACCAGAGAUGUAACAGAUUGCAUAUGCCCUCCAGCACCAUCUAGUUCAAUAGCACAAACCUUCGUAGCUUGGCUUGUGUUAUGGAUACCAGAUAGU